AUGAAUUAAUCAUCUUAAAAUUAGCAUUAGCCUUAUGCAAAUAAUUAGGAUGAUUGCAACGACUAGGAAAUACAGGGUUAAGGCAUUUAAUCUAAAGUAAAAGUUUUUAACACUAAAAUUAGUAACAAUAACAAUCACAUCCUGGAAUGCAAAAACAAUCACAGGUAAGUAUAUUUAAUUGAAUAUAAAGGCUUCUCAACAUUAACAUCCUCACAAUGAUCAGUCUCAUCACCAACAUUCAAAUCAUGGUCAUCUGGAUGGUGAUCAUGAAAUUCAUCAUUCAGGCGUUGAUCACCAUGAGGCUCAUUAUAACCCUUUGUAAAUGCCGUGUGACUGGGAAAUAGCAAGAAAACAUGCAUUAUCAAGACGAACGGCAUAAGAAAAAAAGAAGGAUCCUCUGAAAACAUUAUAAAGUAGAAUAGGGUUAUUAAUAUUUAGUUGAUACAUGUCCAUGUUGCGGAUUCGAAGUAGAUAGAGAGGAUAUUCAAUAUUUUUCUGAUCCGAUGUCUUUAUCUUUCUUAGGAUCAGGUUUUACGUUAUUUUAUAAUUACUUGAAAUAUUGCAUAAUUAUCCUCUUCAUCUAGCUUUUAAUUAAGUAAUUGCACAAUUUAUACACUAACUUUAAUGGUUCGUAUUGCAGUCACAUAAAAAGAGAAAAGAUGGAAGGACAUAUUAUAGAAGAACCAUAUUGUCCAAACAGCAUUUUUCUACAAUUAUCUUUGGCAAACAAACUUGAGUAAUUAAUAACACUUAAAGUAGUAACCGAGAAGCACUUGAAAUGAUGCAACUCUUAAACUUCAUAAGCAUUUUCAUAAUUAUGUUUGUUCUAAUAUAUUUCAGAAAAAGCCAAAGAUAAAUCGAUACUACUAUUGAUGAAGAACAGUUAACUCCUGCAGAUUAUACAAUUUGUGUUAAGAAUAUUCCCACUGGAUUGAAUGUGGAUUAUAAAUAUGAACUAAAGAAUAUAUUUGAAAAUUAUUCGAUUUUGGAUUCAACUAAAUAAAUAAUAGUUAGAAAAGUAGUUUUAGUUUAUGAUAUAGAAGAAAUCAUUGAACUCGAAAAGAAACUAGAUUAAUUAGUGUAAUCAAAAAAGGAUGCCAUAAAUAAGUCUAAUUUUGACUUUCAUCAUGAAAGCGUUAAAAAGAUAGAUGAAGAAAUUGAACACUUAGAACAUCAGAUCCAUAAGAUCGAAGAGGAAUAUGAAACUCAUAACACAAACUUUGCAGGAAUAGCCUUCAUAUCUUUUGAUGAUGAAUCUAUGAAACAAGUAGUUUUGUAAGAUAAUCCUCAUACUUAAUGGGAAAGAAUGAAAUCUCACAUAAAUAGAGGCCAAUUAAAGAGUCUCACAAACAAUGAUCUAUAAUGGAAAGGAUAGAAACUAUUCUUAGAACAAGCACCUGAACCAAAUGAUGUAGAUUGGGAAUUUAUUCAUAUUACUACCAGUGAGAAGAUAUUUAAAAGGGUUAGGGCAUGGGUAUAUUACAUUUUAUUCGAAAGUGCCGCCUUUUUUAUUAUAUAUUUAAUAUCUCAUCGAUUAGCUUUAUUGGGUGACGAAGCUCAUGAAGAAGAAUUGAAAGGAAAAUUAGAUUAAGAUACUAAAAGAAAAAUAAAUAUAAUGUCUUUUAGUAUUUCAAUGACUAUCGUAUUAUUCAAUAAAUUUGGAGUAGCUAAAAUUGUUCAUUAUAUUGUUGAUGAUGAAAAAAUAUCGAACAAAACAAAAUUCUAAAUAUCUUUCGUUUAUAAGUAUGCAUUAGCACUGUUUUUGAAUGCAGCCAUUAUUAGUUUUCUAGUGGAUAUCGUUAUAUUAAAGAAUGUCAAAGGAGCAGGAGGGUUCAUCUAAAAUGAAAGCUAAAUCUUUGUACUCAAUGCAAUACUCCCUCCAUUUAUUUGGUGUGUAGAUCCAUGGAGCUUAUGUAAGAAUAUUUGGAGAAAGUAUAUCAUGUCGAAAGGUGACAAAGCACUUUUAACUUAAUAAGAGGCCAACAAAUUAAUGGAAGAACCUGACUAUCUUUCUGCAAAGCGAUAUUCGGAUGUUAUGAAAACUAUGUGGUUUACAUUUAUGUACGGAACCGCAAUACCAUUAGGCACCCUAUUCAGUGCAUUCGGAAUUCUGAUCUAUUAUUUUGUAGAUUAUUAUAACAUUCUUAGAAGAAGAACAGUUAAGGAAUCUAUAAGUAUAUAACUUUCUACAGGUAUGAUUUUGAUUGACUUUUAGAAAUGAUUGAAAUGUUAGAAUAUAUUAUUGCAUGGUGUGCUUUUGGAGAAAUGAUCAUGACAUAUACUUUUUUCAAGGAAGUUAGCAAAAUAGAUAUUCUACUUAUUAUUUUAGCAGUUUUAUAUUAAUAAUUGCCCAUGGAAGAUAUAUCUGAAUAUCUUUUCCCAGUAGAAAACAAUGAGGAAGUAUAUAAAAUUGCUAAUCUAGAUAAAACCAUACGCUGAAGGAAGUGCAAACUUUGAUACUGAUUAUGAUAGAGAAAAUCCGAUUACUAAACAUAAAGCUUUAGCUGAAUGGAAUAAGAGGUAAUAAAGUGUCGAUAAUCCGCAUCCAAAGAAUUAGAAAAUCUUAGCCUAAUAAGAAGAAUUUGGAUAUGCUGGAGACGGCCAUUAUGGUCGUAGGUGA